GUCUCUGCAUGAUCCACAGAAAGUGUGCUGCACAGUGUGUGCCCUGCAGUACUGGCAUAGACUCAUUGCAGAGAGCAUGGUCAGCUAGACAGGACACUGCUACACCCAGGGCUCGGGGGACUAAGGUUUAGCUGUCCUUUAAGUAUUAGACACAGACGGUGCUUAAGGCUCAACAAUGGAAGAGAAGGAGGAGGAUGAGGAGAGUCGGUCUGCAUCGCUGAUCACUACCCCAGUCCACCAAGUCUCUCCAGAUCAGGUGCCAAAUGCAGUUGGAUGUAUGCCGAAAAUUCGACAGCUUCUUCCAGAUUCAAUCCGCGAGGAGAUGCGGAAAAUCAUUGCUCUUGCUGGACCAGCGUUCCUGUCCCAGCUCAUGAUCUUCAUGAUAAGCAUUGUGAGCUCCAUAUUCUGCGGACACCUGGGGAAGGUGGAGCUAGACGCUGUGUCACUGGCCAUCGCGGUGGUGAAUAUUACUGGUGUGGCAGUGGGGGCAGGGCUUGCUGGAGCAUGUGACACAUUGAUAUCGCAGAUCUAUGGUGGGCGCAACCUAAAAUUGGUCGGGAUAAUCCUGCAAAGAGGUAUUCUUAUCCUGCUACUCUUCUGCUUCCCAUGCUGGGCCCUAUUCUUGAAUACGGAACCCAUCUUGCUUCUCUUCCGGCAAGACCCAGAAGUGUCCAGAUUGACACAGAUCUAUGUAUUAAUAUUCAUCCCAGCCCUUCCGGCUUCAUUUCUUUAUCAACUACAAGCCAAAUAUUUGCAGAACCAGGGAAUAAUAUUUCCUCAAGUGCUAACUGGAUUGAUAGCAAAUAUCUUCAAUGCACUUAUCAAUUACCUUUUCUUGUAUGUGCUUGGCCUGGGAAUCAUGGGCUCGGCAUGGGCCAAUACCAUGUCUCAGUAUGUCCAGGCCAUUCUCCUCUUUUUCUACAUAGUGUGGAGGAAACUUUACGUGGACACCUGGGGAGGAUGGUCUACGGCCUGCUUUGAUGAUUGGGGCUCUUUCACCCAACUUGCCAUUCCCAGUAUGCUCAUGCUGUGUAUUGAGUGGUGGACUUUUGAAAUUGGAAUCAUACUGGCAGGGAUACUCGGUGUGGUGGACCUCGGUGCCCAGUCUAUUGUCUAUCAAAUGGCGAAUAUCGUCUUCAUGGUGCCAGUGGGAUACAGUAUUGCAACCAGUGUUCGCAUAGGUCACUCCCUGGGGGCUGGAGACAUAGUACAAGCAAAGAAAUCCAUGGUUGUUGCUUUGUUAAUGGCAGAGGGCUGUGCGUUGACUUGCUGCAUUCUACUCAUCAGCCUAAAGGAUGUCAUCGCCUAUGUUUACACCACAGAUCCGGGAAUUGUGGAACUGGUCAGCUAUGUUCUCCCUGUGUACGCUGGGUCUCACUUGUUCGAUGGAUGCGUGGCAACAUGCGGUGGAAUCCUCCGUGGCACCGGAAAACAGAAGAUCGGAGCCAUCUUUCACGCUGUUGGUUAUUAUGUCAUCUGUCUUCCAGUGGCUGUCUCACUGAUGUUUGCAGCCAAGAUUGGCAUAAUCGGGUUUUGGCUUGGAGUUCUCCUGUGUGCAUUCUUACAAUGUAUCGGUUUCCUGACCUUCGUAUUCCGGAUUGACUGGGAUAAGGCCUCUCAAGAGGCACAGGCACGAGCUAAGGAGAGGCAGCAGAUGGUACUAUGCACUAACAGCAACCCAACAAUUUAUAAGGGGGCGUCUGUGACAGAUGCCCGAGAGGAGUCGAAGAUAGGAAUAUUCAAAGAUAUGGAAACUGUCGAAACGCCUGAGAACAUAGAAAAUGAGCAAAUACAAUCUGAAAGGCCACAUCAGAAGACUUUGUCCAAAAGGGAGCUAAUAGUGCGAAGAUCUCUGGUGCUUAUUGCAGCCAUUGCUGUGUUAAUGAUUGGGAUCUUAAUACGUCUCUGUGUCUAAUAUCACCACUAUAGUGCCUACCUUCUAUAAGUAAAGCGUUGGUUCUCCUACUGCCAGCAACCAUAUUAAAACUGAUGUCACUUUUCAGUGAAGGCUUAAGUCUGAUUGGUGUUCUUUGGGCAGCACCAAUAGGUCAUAUAUCGGACAUUUUUAUAAAUGAGGUCCUUUAAAAGGAAUAUACAGGCUUUGAAAGUUAUGAAUCUGAUAAGCUUAAUGUAAAUGUUACCAUGUAUGGUAUAGUUUGUGAUAAUACGUGUACAGAUAUGGGAGCAGCCAUAUUUGCUCAUUACAUAUGGAGGAGCUGUCUCCUGUUUAGUAAUACAGCACAAUAGUUGUGAUCUGCUGAUCUACUCUUGGUGUGGGUCUCAACAGGCUGAAACUUGUCAUAAAGAAGAAGAAUCUGCUAUUGUUGACCCUCCCCAGUGGCAGCCCGUCCAUAGGGGGCACACAGGUGCUGCCCCCCUAUCUACGCUUCCGGCCCCCUGAUCUACAUGCAGGGCUCCGAACACAUGAAUUCAAAUCUGGGGAUUUUUUUUGUAGCACGCGAUUAGAGCCAGUGGCUGCGCCCGAAGCCCAACCAGAUGUGCGACAAUCGCAAAAGAAUAUUUGCCAUUGUCACACCGAUUCUCCUCCUGGCUAAUCAUGAAGCGAGUUCUGAGACCCGUCACCCAAUUGCCCGAAAGGAGAUCUGAACGGAUUGGCCACCAGGAGGAGGAAGGAAGAGACACAGGAGAAGCGAGGAAGCAGCCACCCGGAGUGAAGCCGCCGUUGCGCGGAUUGCUGCCCACAAGAUGGGGUAAGUGCAGGGCCCCGACUACUGAAGGACCGGGUGGCACCGUCAGACCUUCAGUGAUUAGUCAGGCCCGCACUUGCCCCAUCUCGCGGGCAGCGGCAGCACCUUGUGACCAGAUUGACUGGAGGGGGUGUUGGAUGGAUUGUUUGCUUCCCCCCCCCCAAAAAUAAUAAAACACACCAGACCCCACUGCCUCCCACCUUGCCAAUACCUUUAGGUAUAGACCGACACACUUGCUAAAAAUUAGAUCUGCAAAUCCAUAUAUGAAAAAUGCAAACUGAACAGCAAGCAUGUCAGAUUAAAAAUGCAAAUAAAUAAAAUAUGUAAUAUAAAAAAAAAAAAGGCAAAGGCAAUGUGUGGUUACUGGAAAAUACAAAAUUUUACAUGCUUAUAUAUGUGCAUUUUAAAUAAACGGUAUAUUUUUCUCCAUAA